AUGCUGCGCACCCGCACACCCGCUGACGCGGCACCGCAGGCCCACAAAGUGCUUGUUGUCGGCGGCGGCGGCCGCGAGCACGCGCUGGCUUGGAAGCUGGCGCAGUCUGACCUCUGCGGAGCGCUGUACUGCGCGCCGGGCAGCCCCGGGACGGCGGCGGAGCCUGGUGUUGAGAACGUAGCUGUUGAUGUUUCGGACAACCAAGCG